UGUUUUGCUUCUGCUUCCAUUCGUUUUGAGUUUGAGGAUAGGAGAUAGCAGCAUAAAAGAGAAUAGAAUAGUUGACGGAAAAGUUGAAUUGAAAAGGGAACUAUUCUAUCCAGCUUCUCUAUUGUUGCUUACUAUUCAUUUAGAAUUUUAGAUUAUUUUUAAACAAUUAACAAGCAAGUAAUUCUAUAGCUGGCUGUGAAUAGUUUUUUUUUCAGCUGUAAUUGUGGUAGUUGUGACAAGUGAAAAAGAAGAAUAUUAUGGGAGUUCAAGAAUCAGUACAAUACUGGUUAUUUCAAAAUCCUUUGGUCACCAAUACGACAGACAUUCUAAAAUUCACGGUACGGUACUAAAUUACUGUUGAAAUGUUGUAGAAACUUCCCAAAUUCAAUCAACUUAGGCCCUACUUGACUACUAAAUUCUACAGUGACCUAAACAAUUCUAAAAUGUUGUGAUUAAUUUAAAUUCAUCAUAUUAUUUCUGAAUAACCUCAAAUUUUGCCUCUCAAACCGAUCACAACGGCAACGAUGGAAUCUUUAGAAAACACAAUUGGUGUAAUUUACGACAAUGCUUGGAAUUACAUUUUAAAAAUACCUUAUUCUCAAGAAACAUAUAAUUAUUGCUAUGAUAUAACAAGGCAAGUGUCAAACUUGGUUACAUCGACCAUUGUUCCAAAACCAGCGCCAACCACUACAGUUGUAAUGAUGGACCCGUUGCCACUCUAUAAGAUGGCUGGCUCAGGAAUGAUAUUUGUCAGAAUAGCCGGUGUCCUCGGAACCACUGCUGUUGGAUUAGCCGCCUACGGAGCUCAUUCAAAAUUCUCCAAAGAGGACGAUGCAAAAAUGAAAAUGAUGUUUGAAAUAUCCAACAAAUACCACUUUAUCCAUGCACUGGCACUGCUGGGCGUUCCUAUGUGCCGCUUUCCAACUGUGACUGGAACUCUGCUGGUGACAGGAACGGUAAUGUUCUGUGGCACAUCCUACUACCGUGCACUGACGGGUGACGGCUCACUGCGCAAGAUCACUCCCAUCGGGGGCACUCUAUUGAUAUUUGGAUGGCUGUCUAUGGUCUUGUAACUUAUAAAUAAUAAUCACUAGCAUUACAACGUCUCUGUGUCUCUAUCUUUAGCAUUAUGUGUUUAUGUGUUUGUGUUUUAGUUCUUCUAAACAUAUAGGAUAUAGGUUUCACCCAAGAUUUCAACAACUUUUUGAUAAAACGUCUGUCGCUGCUAUUUUGUAUUUACGUUGAUUCUAUUGUGUACCUGGUUUAUUUAAUAAAUUGUUUGAGUCCGAA